CAUCACUUCAACUGAUUGAAUGCCUGAUUCUAUGAUAAACUUGUACGACGAUAACUGAGGCUUGACCAAAGGUGGCUUGGCAAUUUACCGGAUCAACCAAAGAAACGAGAGAUUUUCAUUAGCGGGUGGGGAACGAGAGCACGUACCUCUCAGUACUUGUUUUCGGGAUGUUUCCUGCUGGAAGAGAUAACAUGCUCGUCAUCAGCGCACUGUAUGAGUCCGAAUAGUUUAUGUGGCGAGAGACAGUGUGAUUAUAGAGCCAAAUUCUAAGCUAUUCGCGCCUCGGAAGCGUCGGUGACCCACUUUUAGCGCAAGCGUCGUAGCUUUCUGUCACGCCUGCCCACCUCUUUUCGCCCAUUCCAUUCUCCCCUUUCCACCAAAAAAAAAGGGUAACCCACGACUACCUCCCCCUCCCCAGGUCCCAGCGACUUCCAAGGUCCUGCCCGAGUUACUUUGCCUUGAGGUACCGUCCAUCGUUCCUCCCUCCCCCAGACAAGACCUGUCUACCUACGUCUUUUUUAACCUGCCGCAUUCAAUCCACCUCAAACUCGACCUGACGGAAACAGAGUUGAACUGAGGUGAGGUAUCUAUCCAUUGUACAAUCCAUACCUUAUACGCCCAAACCUCAUCCUCAGUCAACCUAGUUGUGGAUCCACUCACAGCAUCUGUUAAGGCUGAGUGAGGUAUCUCUAUCUCUCUAUCUCUCUAUCAUUCUGCGAUUGCGACCUGCGACAGGCGAGCAAAACGACUUGACUUGUGACUCGACUUUUACAUUGUGUCGUCACCGUCGCAGACAAACAAGACGCGCAUUUGCUUGCUCGUUCCCCCUGGGCCUUUAACUCAACUCAAGUAAGCAUUUGCUAUUCUAUAUCCUGUCCCAUCAUCCAAUGCCAUUUCCUGGGUUUCAUUCUCACUCAUUAUUGCGUCUUUACUCGUUGAAAUGAAAACCUGUACAUGUUUUUGAGCGCGCGUCCUGUAUCUUCCGUCAUUGCCGAGUUGAGACUGAGCAUAAACUCGCUCACUCUAUUUACUCAAUGACUCAAUACUUCACCCAUCAUCAUCAAUAUCACCUGUCGCAUCGCAUCGCAUAUACCUACCUGCCCAUUGUCUUGUCACGACCACAUUCCUACGUUUCUGUUCGCUACGUACCUCACAUCACUCGCGUCUUAUCGCAGACACGUUACGCGUGUGUCCGCCUGUCCUCUCUUUGUCCGGCUUGCUUGCAUUUUCCUGCCUCGUUAUAGCCCCAGCCCCAAUCAAUCUCUUUUCGCUCACAAGCGUCUGCCUCGUCUCCAACCACCCCCCAAAAACAACGGGGCACUCGCUGCCAAUGUAUUCUACAUACCUUCGCCGAGACGCACGCGAAAAGCAACACAGCAUCUGACCGCGCACACGGUUUAGACACGUAGAGCAUCGCGCAAAUUGGAUUCCGUUGCACUCGAACAAUUUUUUCUUUAUUUCCACUCUCACCACUUACACGCCGAUACUGACCCAACCUUAACCAGCGCACAAACGUUGAUUGCAAGACAAAAAACCCUGAUCAUCACGACCAGUUGGUACUUGCGUGGAGAAAACAAACCGGCAUCCCACCACAUCACGUUUCAGUUUUUUACCAACCAGAUCCCGCGGUUGUGUUUCCUGACGCCCUAAAAUUCACCUCCUAGCACAGAUCUUGUUGAGUACUUCGCAGAUACUCGAGAUACUCGUCUGUACCUUUCUUGUAUCGACCUGGUCACCCUCACGAUACUGUGACUGGUCACUGUUUAAAUUCUCUUAACUUUUAACUCAACCAUAUUUCACGGAUCAAGUAGUCAGACUUUCGCCCGUGAGUACAAAUACUUUCUCUAUUGUCACCACCUGUACUCUUGGUCACCAAAACCAAGAAAAAAGUCCCGCGUUUUGCGCCAUCGCGCUUCUGGUGUUAAUACGGAGAGAAGCACUAUGAAUCGCAACGCGAUGCAGGCCGAGCAGGUGGACCCAAGGCUGUGGUUACAGAACAUGCAGCAGUGGCAAGUCGGGCCUGUCCCGGAGUAUGUCUACACCAACUCUCAUCAGCCAACCGAGAUGCAGUAAGUAAUACGUCCUUUGAUGAACGCUUCUUUCUUGGACGAGGUACCACACCCUCUGUCGAUUACAAGUGUAAUACGACUCUUACUGUUUCGUCACGGUUUCCCUGGCUUUAUAAGGUCCUUGGUCGGUUUUUUCGAAUCGUGUCUCACGACCCAUUUCACCACUGAUAGACCUGGCGCCUACUAAAGCUACACAAGUAACUUUCUCACAUGAAAGUACCUCCAAUGCCUGUAGCUUGUGGUUGUGUCGACUACCGAGCCCAUUCAUAUUGAUAAUGAAGCCCUAUGAUUGGGAGCCACCCUGCUGACCUGCGUCUCUCAAUAGCAACCCUCAUCAAUACCAGAGCGACAUGACUCGCCGUCCUGAGAACAUGGAAUUCCGCUACGGCGGCCCCCAACCUAAUAUGGCACCGCAGCAACAACAGCAGCCUCAACAGCAGCAGCAGCAGCAACAUCACCCGGCGCCUGUUCAACCUCCUCCCAUGAACGUUCCUCAGCAGCCUCCAAACGGUGCUGCACCUCCUCAGCAAGUACCUACUCCCACUCCGGCGCCAGCUGGUCGGUCACGAAAGAGGCCGGCACCUGGUGCCGCUGGACCUCCUGCCACAGCUCCUCCUCCUGCCCCUGUUACCCCAUCUCAAGUUCAACCUCCUGUCGCAGCUCCUCCCCCACCCCAGGCGGUUCCUCAACAACCACAACAGGUUCAGACAGAUGAUGCGAACGCAGCCCCAGUUGCGCCUCCACCGGCCAAGAAAAGCCGGACUAAUACCCCCUGGACACCACAAGAAGAGUUGCGACUGAAGCAAAUGCGAGAUGCUGGCAACAGCUGGGCAGAGAUUGCCAAGACUUUCCCUACCAGGACAGAAGGAUCUGUCAAGAAGCAUUGGUACAAGGACAUGCAUUAUGCUGAGUUUGCAGAGGACGAGAGCCAAGCGUUAUUGAACGCCAUCAAGGAGUACGAGAACAACAAGUGGAAGUCAAUUGGGCAGAAGGUCAACAAACCUGCCAAGGCUUGCGAACAGUACGCCAAAGAACACUUUCCAGAUUUGUUCCCUAAUUCCAAGAGAUAGGGGCGAACCGCAAGGUGGCUUUGGGGUCCUCUUGCAAGCUUCGUACUCCUGUGAGAACUCGAGAGCCAAGAGGAUGAUCUUUAGCCCAGACUUCCUUACUGCACAGGGAAAAUACACAAAACAACAAAAACAAAGGGAAAAUUAGCAGUGGCGUUCUGCACCAUUUCUAUGCGGGAAACUGUUUAAUAUUUGUUAAUUGUGGAGUUGCCUCAAAUGUUUUAUGAGGCACGGCGGACAAUGCCUCAUCGGCAUUGUUACCACUCUUUCGGAUCGGGAUACGGAAAGGACUGGAACUGGGAACUGGCGCGUAAAGGUGGAAAAAUUGAAGACGAGGAGCAGCGUAUGCACCUGUCGAACUGGCCUAUAGGAGGAGAGUGUUACAAAGGAACGGGACUUGUGAUAUGAGCACGUCUGUUGGUGUAAUGGGGAGAGUUGAAGGAGGAUAUGGCUAUCUGAGGUUGAGGUUGCAGUUGAGAAAGACGAAGCCGUUUCAAGACGGACCGAGUCGGAGGGACGGAAAGGAAAGGAAGGAUGACGGCAGUGUGUGUUGUUUUUUCCCAUGUCUUUUUCCUUUUCGAUUCUGGUUGUGAAAGGAUGGGACUGUUCGAUUUUAGGUUCGGUUACUUAUACCCCAAUGCCUGGAGUUGAUUCCUUGCACACAAACAUUAUGGCCCUCUGAGUGAUGCUUCGUGAACUGAACCAAUUGCCCGUAAUGAAAACAUGAUGCAUCUGGGGACACACCGUACAUAUCCUGUGUAUUAGUCGCUGUUUAGUUUAAUUUGCGAAGACACAAAGCAAUUGCCAUUAUUCUGCAC